AGCCGCCCCCGGCGGGGCGGGUGGCGCGGCGCAGCGCAGCGCACCGCGGCGCAGCGCAGGGCGGGUCCCGGCGCAGGAGCCGCUGCCGGGUGCGCGGGGGCCGCUCUGGGCGAUGCGGAUGGCGCUGGGGGCGGCAGCGGGCGAGGGGGCGGCGCAGAGCCCCGGGCCCGCCGCCGUGUCGCUGGGCUUGAGCGUGGCCGUGGUCUCCAGCCUGGUGAACGGCUCCACCUUCGUCCUGCAGAAGAAAGGGAUCGUGCGCGCCCGAGGGCGAGGUACUUCGUACUUAACAGAUAUAGUAUGGUGGUCUGGCACUAUUGCAAUGGCUCUGGGUCAAAUAGGGAAUUUCUUGGCCUACACUGCUGUCCCAACUGUGCUAGUGACGCCCUUGGGAGCCCUUGGUGUUCCAUUUGGGUCCAUUUUAGCUUCUUACUUACUGAAAGAAAAACUGAACAUUCUUGGCAAGCUGGGAUGUUUGCUGAGCUGCGCUGGGUCUGUUGUUCUCAUCAUCCAUUCCCCAAAGUCCGAGAGUGUAACGACUCAGGCUGAGCUUGAAGAGAAGCUUACAAAUCCAGUUUUCGUGGGUUAUCUCUGCAUAGUGCUGCUAAUGCUUCUCCUGCUUAUCUUCUGGAUAGCUCCAGCACAUGGACCUACUAAUAUCAUGGUUUACAUCAGUAUUUGCUCUCUGUUGGGCAGUUUCACUGUUCCUAGCACAAAAGGCAUUGGGCUGGCUGCUCAAGAUAUCUUUCACAAUAACCCCUCAAGUCAAAGGGCUUUGUACCUCUGUCUGGUACUUCUGGCAGUAUUAGGAUGUAGCAUUAUCAUUCAAUUCAGAUACAUCAAUAAGGCACUGGAAUGUUUUGACUCCUCUGUGUUUGGUGCCAUCUACUAUGUUGUGUUUACCACCCUAGUCCUGCUGGCUUCAGCCAUUCUUUUCAGGGAGUGGAGUAAUGUAGGAGUAGUAGAUUUCUUGGGAAUGGCUUGUGGAUUCACCACAGUAUCUAUUGGAAUUGUUCUUAUACAAGUCUUCAAGGAAUUCAACUUCAAUAUUGGGGAUUUAAAUAAACCAAACAUGAAGACAGAUUAAAAUAUUUUUUGAGGGGAAACUGGAUGGCUCAGGGAAGGAUGCAGAGCCUUUCAUUUCUAGGUCACUGAUUCAAAUAUGAUUCAGGUUCGUAGUUACCCUUUGAUGAUUUGGUGGCCUAUGUGAAAUGAAUUGGAGGCCUCCAUCCAGUUUCAAAGGAACACUUGUCCAUGUACCCUAGUUAGCAUAAUAAAUUACUUUCAUCGGAACCACUGAUUGAGUCAGCAUAGAGACUGAUGUAUUUCCUUAGUCUAAAAGGUAAUCCAUUAGAAAAGACUGAGGGAUAUUCUGAGACCUGUGUGUAGAAGCUUGUACUGUGGCUUCUGAGGUACCAUAUCUGUGGGCAGAGAACAUCAGUUUCUAAUGCACUCAAUCUGACAUCUUUCAUGAGUGAUGUAUGGGGGGAAAAAUAGUGGGUGGAGCAAUUUGUUUAUCUCAACAUAGCAAUGUGUUCACCGUCAAGGAUGUGAAUUCUGAAACAGAUGUUGGUUGACCCAUGGACUGCAAAUUUGUUCUUUUUAGUGACUGUCUCGGUAACUUGGUCUGCCAUGCGGUGAAGACACCAGGGAGUUUUAAAUUGAAUUCUUUAUAAAGAGCAGUGGACCCUUAAAAACCUUUCACUAAUUACUUAUCAGCUGAUGGUAGUGUCUAGGUAUGCAUUUUUCUUUGUAACUUACGUGCAUUAAGACAUACCGCAUUCAUUCGAGAGUUUUUAAUUGGGAGCAGACAGAAAGACUCUGAAAGAUGUGAAAAUGGUGCACAGACUCAUUGCCUAUAUGGUGGUUUAUUUGUAAGCAGCUCAGAACUAUUUCAGUGCCUUUGUAAUCCAAAAAUACUGCAAAAAUGUGAAUGUAUCUGUUUCAGAUGGCCUAUAUUGGUUUAAUAAUCCAAUUUCAUUGUUUAUAAUAUUGGAUUGUAUUCAAAUUCUAAACAUGUUAAGCAUCCAGAAGGAGCCACACAUUUUUGCAAGAAUUUACAAACCUGAACUGAAACCCUCAGAAACUUUGACAGCUUCUGAAAAAAGCAUAGUCCUAAUGUGAAGAGGUAAUCUAUGGGAGGACUGUUUAAAGCAGUCCAGCAUGACUUUGUUCUAGUUAAGUGACUAAAUACAAGAAACUAUUUUGUGAAGCACCUACAAAAAAGCAGCAACCACAAAGAAAGAAACUUAAGUGAGAGAAGAGCAGGAGAUUUCUCAAAACUCAAAAAGGAUGGUCUGAUCCUCUUGUAAUGUCGGAAAAUGAGGGUAAAGACCGAAAAAGCAUAGGCGUUCAGAGAGACAAGUUUCAGAUAUCCAACUGGAAUAUACAUUCAGAUCCAGUAAUUUACAGACCUGUGUGAACAGUUCAGCAAUAGUAUUUUGAUAAGCAGUACAAGUUCCUUAAGCUAUGAUUGGAAUUAUUCUGAACUGUUCAGUUUAAACCAUUUAGAGAAUGUUGAUAUGUCAAAGCAAGAAAUAGUUAAUUUUCAUGUUGUACUCAUAUUUGGUAGUUAAAACAUCACAAGUCAAAAACUUGUAAGGAAAGCUUGAAAAGUCAUGAAUGUUGGUUUCUAUUUAAGUACAAAAACGGAAAGGUUCAGUGGAACUCAACAUCUCUAGUUCAUAACAUCUCUUGAAACAGACAAAAAACCCCAACAUGAUUACCAGACAGCAUUUGAAACAGUUCAUGACACUUGAGCAAGAAAUCAUGAAUGUAGCAUUGUGGCUGGAUGACAGGAAUGUGGAUGUUGAUGAAUGGGGAGUAAUAGUGUCCACUUUUAUGACAUUUUUUUGUUGACCUGAACUAAUGUUAGCUUAAAACUCAGGCUUUAUUUUCAUUUAAAAGGAAUGUUAAAAGCCCUUCUGAUGGCAGCAAUAAUUGGGAACAGUGAAUCCUAAAGAUUUAGUAUUCUGAAGGGACUUUUCUGAGGGAGUAAGAUCCCCACUAUGUUGUUUGCAAGCUUGUUUUAUCGCUCCAGACUUGGGGGGGGGGGGUGAGGAAUGACUGUGGGUUGGCAGAAAUGCACAUUGUUAUAGGCCAGCACAGAAACUGGGUAUAUUUGUGAAAUGAAAUAGUGCUUGCAGAGAAAAGAGCAUCUUCAUGGAUUUUCAAAUAUUGUGUAUGGUUUCUAGAAAGUUUGAGAAUUGUAGAUGAGAGGAACUGCACUAUGAAAGCUGGUUAAAACUAACAUCUGACCAUUAUUGAUUGGAAGAUGAUAUCUUGGUUUUCAGUAGACAGUUAUGACUUGUCAUAUUAAUUCCCUUUUUUUUGACUGAAACUGGAGUUGUACAUAGAUUGUGAGACCUGUGAUGACCUACUUUUUAAAACUAUUAGCUGUCUUCUGAAGCACUCAUCUUCUCACAAUUAAAAUUCAGAGUUCAUGAGUUACAUGUUGAUUUUGUACUAGCCUUUAAUCUUUGAAGACUUCCAUGAAAAUCCUUAGGUUAGAAUGGAAAUGACUGUGGUGUCUUUUUAGCCCUCCUUUAGACAUAUUUGUUUGUCUUGGUUUGUUUUAAAGUUCACGCCUAUUUAUUUAGAAAGUGCCUAUCCUAGUAUGUUAGGAGUGGAUGCAAAUGAUUAGUAAAUAUUAGAUCCAAAAUAACUUGACUGCCCUAUCUAAACCUUGCAGGUUUCUGCACCACACACACAAGUUUACUUGAUAAGCAGUCACUAUGCAGAGUAAGAAUAAAGUAGCACCCGUAUUAUGUGGUCCUCUGACCCACACUUACCUAUGGUAAAUGUCUGCAUAGGUUUCUUCUCUCCUCCACAACUGCUCCUCAUCAGUGAAGAGCUUUCCAAAGUUAUCUAGUUAACUUUGUUUAAAACAGAUAUGUCAAAAGCCAGCACAUAAGGUGAAAGAAAUUCUCGUGGCCUUGCACAUCAUUUAUAUCUGCAGCCUUUUACAUUAUGGAUGCUGAAUAAUGAAAACCUUUACUUUUGCAACUUUGUUCAGUAUGCAGCAGUGUUAUUUUGAGUUCUGCUGUACCUGGAUCUGGUUCACUUCUAACUUCAGAAAUGUAUUAGCAUUUUAUGUUGUCACUGUUGGUACGGUUCUUCCUCCCUCCAUCCCACACCCUCGUUGUUCUAGGUGUCCUACCUUUUUUAGUCCCGUUGCUUUUCUGAUUUAAAAGAAGGCACCAUUGAAGCUGAAUUUUAGCUGUUCUCUCUUUUCUUCCCACCCUUUUGACAAGUAAGCACUUCGGAUAUGACAGAUAUCUGAGUUCCAUCAUCUCAGGGAGCAAAUGUGCAUAGUUGUCUCCUGAGCUUUGGUGUCCCUCACGGGUCUGCCCUUUUCACGUUCUCUUUGCAUUUCAUAUUUAUAGAUAGUUAUGAGCCAGAUCACUUCAGUCCCGAUUCCAAAGUAGAAGUGGGAGAGGCUACACAUACAAAAAGUGGACUCAUCGCAGUGGUGGGAUACAUUUGAAUUAAAUUCAAAUCCAUAUGAAAGACGUUUCACUCUGUAUGUCUGGCUUCUAUUAUACUUGUCAAAUAUAUUUACUUGGUACUCACUUGAAAAUAGCUCUUUGAUCGUUAUCCCUUCAGUGUAUGGAGGAUUUACGUGUCAGUCAUGAUCUUUAUUAGGUGUCAAACACGAAAAUCCAUCAAAUGUUCAGUAGGAGAAUAGAAACUUUUUUGAUACAACCAAAAAAAAAGAAUUUGUUACACCUUAAGUACUUAUUUAAAAAAGAAAAAUAGCUAAACAAGUUAUCUGCUGUAUUGACUUUCCAGGAUUCUGUAUGUGUAAAUAGAGCGCAUUUAUUAGUGUGCUGCAUCUAACAUUAGUAAGAACCUGUCAUAUCACAGUUUGACAAGUGAGGCUUUCUAUUAAUAAUCUCAGUUUAUAUGGAACAUAGUGCUUUUCUGAAGUAACAGGCACUGGAAAAUGAAACCACUGGAUUUUAUUUAUCAAAAUACUAGAAUCUGAGUUUAGCUUUCCUUUUUAUUUUAAAAAUAGAGGAUUUGUAUUUGAAGAAAGAUUAGAGGUUAUUAGAUAUAGAGUGCUUAAAAUGGGUUGUUGUUUGCAUGUUAUACACCUCUCACCUUCUUGUUUCAUUAACAUAAAACAUCAAGGAUUCUACAGAUCUUCCUCAGUUGUCUUGAGAUGGUGUAACUGCUGAAGUUUUGCUAUUAAAUCAAAUGUUAUCAAAUGUUUAUCUAUUACCUGUUAUCUUUUCUUUACAGAGAUUAGUCUUUGUAAUAAUUCUUUGGUGCUACUGAAUAUGGGCAUAAGUGAUGCAGAAUUUUAGUGUGGACCAUGUUAAGCACCAGUGUUGUCAACAGUUAUUACUAGUGCCCAAGUGUUUCAGACAGCCGUGUCGAAAUGUUAUGGAUUAAGAAAUCUUUUUGAAAAGCUGCAAAUAAGUUUUUUUUAAUCCUCCUUUUGUUGUGCCUCCCUCCCUCCUUUCACUCCCCCAGCCUGGCCCCCAAGAGUUGCUUUACAGAGUGGAAAAUAUUACACAAAAAGGGUAUUUUUAAGUUAAAUCUUUUUUCAACUGUGGAACUUUCUUUUUUUUUUUUCUCUUUUUUUUUUCCUUGGAAUGUAAAAACUAGUUCUAAUGGGAUAUGGGGAAAAGGCAGAUGGCAACAAACAUACAAUGUCAGGUUUGGUUGCUUCAAUGCUAUUGCAAUAUAGUUACUACAGAUUACAUAAAAAUGGUUUAUUUUAUUAGCUUCCAAAUACUGUAUAUAUAGAUUUGUUAAUGGCUUACAGGUCAAGCUUACUCUCUUUGCUUUUUAAGAAAUAGUUAUAGGCAUGUUGUAUUUGCCUUGUGUAAAUUAUAAAAGGCUAUUUAUUAAGUUUUCUGAUAACUAAUCUAUUUAUUAACCUGUAUUGUUUUAAAAUAAAUGAUUUAUUUCUAGCUCAAUGCUUGUUUCG